AUGUACGGCUGUGAGUGGGAUGAAGAGACCGGAGAGGUCAGCGGUUUUGAACGGUAUGGUUAUGAUGGAGAAGACUUUUUCGCACUGGAUCUGAAGAACGAGCAAUGGAUCGCUCCAAAACAAGAAGCUGUCAUCACCAAAAACAGGUUGAACCAUAACAGAGCUCUUAUGGCUAGCAUGAAGAACUACCACAACCAGAUCUGUCCUGACUGGCUGAAGAAGUAUGUGAACUAUGGGAGCAGCGUUCUGAGGAGAACAGAGCGUCCCUCAGUGUCAUUAAUGAUUAUUUACUGA